AAGUGACUGACAUGUAGUGGAUUAGAUGCGCUGCAUUACUGAGCAGGAGAGUUUGUAUAUUUGCGGUCCGAUGUAUGAGAAUUAAGAUGAAUAUAUCACGAAAAAUGUAAACCACAGAGAAGGAGAAUCUCGCAGCAUUGGAAGGAACCAAACCAAACCAAACCACACUCACUUCACUCCAUGCCAUUGCUCACAUCCAACUCCGCAAAGUCCUUUCUUCUUUCCGCAUUCCCACACUCCAAACGCAUGUCCCACUCCAAUCCCCCUGUCAAAACGCCCCUGAGGGGUGUCGUUUUCGACAUGGACGGCACCCUCACCGUCCCCGUCAUCGAUUUCCCCGCCAUGUACAGGGCGGUGCUCGGCGACGACGAAUACAAAAGGAUCAAAUCGGAAAACCCUUCCGGUAUCGACAUUUUGAGCCACAUCGACACCUGGCAACCCGUUAAACAGUGCAAGGCCUACGACACCAUCGCGGAUUUCGAGCGCCAGGGACUCCAUCGCCUCCAAAUCAUGCCAGGUGCUGCUGAGCUUUGUGGUCUUCUCGAUUCAAAGAAAAUAAGGAGGGGAUUGAUCACGCGCAAUAUGAAGUCGGCGGUUGAUUUAUUCCAUGAACGGUUUGGGAUUACAUUUUCUCCAGCAUUAAGCAGGGAAUUUCGUCCUUAUAAACCUGAUCCAGCUCCCCUUCUGCAUAUUUGUUCUCUUUGGGAAGUUCAACCAAAUGAAGUAAUAAUGGUUGGGGAUAGCCUUAAAGAUGAUGUGGCUUGUGGAAGGCGAGCGGGAGCCUUUACGUGCCUGCUUGAUCAAACAGGAAGAUAUGAUUCUCCCGAGUAUGCUGAUGUUGAAUUUAAACCAGACUUCACGGUGACUUCCCUAGCCGAAGUUUACUCAGUUCUGGAGGUAAACUUUGACUUGUUGCCAUGAUGUCCAGGAUCUUUCGUGUGAACCAUUUAUUUUGUGAUUUAUGUUAAGAGAUCAUAAGGAGGCAUAUAUGUUGGGGUAAGUUUUAUUCCUUUCCUCUUGUAAGGUCAAGGAAGCAAAAAAUCCUUGAAAAUUUUAGGUAGGAGGAUUUAAUAGGUGGCAUUUAAUUAUUACAUUGUAACUUAUUUUGGAUGGUUAAUGCCAAGUUUCAUUGCCUUAGGGCAUGGAACAAGGUUCUGAUACAAUUCCGCUGAUUUCUUGACGCUUGUUUUCUUUGGAUUGUACUGUAGAUGUAGUUACCUCAGUUUCUUGGACUAGUGGAUUCUGUUUUAGGACCAGCUGUGUAAUGCAAGAUAAGCAAGUUAUACGGAACGCAACUUUUUAACCGGAGUCGCAUUGAUUAUUGCUUAGAAGUGAAAAUUAAACGUCAUACAAUAUCAUAAAUUACGUGGGUCUAUCAGUAUCCGACUAAGGGUUGAGAAAGGGGAACAAAAAAAGGCAGUUACUAAAGCAC